ACGUCCUUCUUUUGAUGAUGCGGCUAAAAAUAUGGCUUCAGAUUGUGACUGUGCAGAAAGCCAAUUAAUGAACUGUUUUAAAGUUGAAAUUAUCUUGAAAAGGAACGAUGAUGACAGUGUUCUCCUUUGGAGAUGGAAGGAUGAAAACAAAUGGGAAUUGCCGUGGUUUCUUCUUAGGGAAACCGAAAGUUUUCAACAAGAAAUUCAGAGAUGGUGUUCGAAUCAGUUGGUAAGCAAUGUCUGCGGUUUUACAUUAGCAAUCGUGCUGUACGUGGAGACAAUAUUAAAAUCCAACGUUUGUAUUAUAUAAAUGUUUAUACACAGUUGUACGCAUGGAUCCCUUGGACUGGGGGUAUCUGUUUAGACUGCAAAUGAAAGUAGUAAACAUGGAAAAAAAGUAAACAUGUGGGAGGGGGGGUGGGGGUACUCCAGAUUAGAAUACACCUUUUGCUGUUUAUAACGAGAAAAUACACAAUCAUUUGCCUUAAACGGCGACCAAUAGUGUGGAGAUACAGUCAUUAGCGCGAAAAAACAAACAUUUCCGCAUAUAUCAGAUUCAAUUACAAUUUUUGCAUUUGAAUCAACAUUCAGUAACACUCUUGGGCAUUCAUAUGCGUCAUGCGGCAUACAAAAGAGAAGAAUAAUUAUACUUUCAUUAACGCCAACAUCCAAGUCAUUAACACCAUAUUGAAAAUCAACAGGGACAACAGACAAAAAGUAAAGUGCAAAUACUAUUCAUAAAAUUUUUAUGACACUAUUAAAAAAUUUUGGCAUGAAAUAAUACCCCUCAGCACAUUUAGCUGGGGUCACAAUGAUUUCUGCACAGAGCUUCAAGAAGGUUUUGUUUUCAGACUCCCCUCGUGGGAUAGGGCUUUGACCUCAUUCCUGUUAUCCAUACGUCUUUAAAUUUCCGGAUGCAAGAUGUCAGCCUUGAUUGUCACUUUCAGACAGCUUAAUACCUGUUCCACGAUAUUGAGAGGGGGAGCACAAGCUCUGUAUGUAUGGGGCAGGAAGGGCUGGAUCUUGGUAGGCUGUCACUCCUUCAUACGCAAAGAUUACCAACUUGUCGGGAUCCAUAUCUGUCCUUGCCCAUGCCAGGAAGUAACUAAAAUGCCUAGCAUUCAUUAUGCCCGCAGCUGCUGAGCAAAACAUUGAUAGGUGAUGUUACCAUGGUCACAUUCAAGUUUCGUCCUCAUUGGCCACACACUUGGCAGUGCACCCUCUCCCCCUGUCAUGCCCUACCAUGACUUCUUACCUUCCAAAUGGUAAAUUAUAGCCGCAUUCGUCGACAAACACACAGUGGGGCAGUAUGGCGUGGUUCUUUAUACCAGGUAGCGUAAAAAAUUCAGACCAAUUUUUUUUAAUUGGUAUGUUUAAUUGAAAAUCGAUUUUUCUAUAUUAAAGGUAAAGAAAACUCAAUUGAUUGUACAAGCGCUUUAAUGUUUGUCUUAUCCAUCCGUAAAGGCUAUCCAGGAAUGGUAUUGAAUUGCAAACAGGGUCAAAAAAAUGUUAGUGAAUAGUGUUUGCACUUUAACGUUUGUCUAUUGUCCCUAUUGACUUUCAAGUGACUUGGACUUGGAUGUUGGCAUUAAUGAAGGUAUAUUUUUUUCUUUUGUAUGCCGAAUGAUGCAUAUUAAUGCCCAAAAGUGUUAUUGAAUGUUGAUUCAAAUGCAAAUAUUGUAAUUGAAUCUGAUUUAUGCGGAAAUGUUCGGGGUUUUUUGCAAUUACGUACGAAUGUACCUUCUCAUUAUUGGUCGCCGUUUGACGCAAAUGAUUGCGUAUUUUCUUGUAACGAACAGCAAAAGGUGUAAUAUUGACCGGGAUGAUCAAAGGAUCUGGGUUUGAAGUUUUCCAUUCUAGAAUUUUUUUAGGUAAAUUCAGCAUGCUUUUUGGGUGCAGGGUGAUUUAAUUAAGAGAGAUUUAAGUACGCGCUGGAACCUGGUGAAUACGCAGACCAAGGGGGCAUGCUAUGGUGUCUGUAUUAAGUAGGCUCUCCAAAAAACUCCCAGACACAAAUUGUAUUGAUAUAAAGACUAAAGCAGACAAAGAGGAAGUGGGAUAUCAAACAUAUCACAUUAUUUUGUUAUUUUGUGCCUGAGGACAUAUAAAAGUAUCCUUUGUCCAUAUAUGCUGGUAUCCUCAUUAAGCAGAUUAAUUUUACAGAAAAAAUGUGAGCUUUUCAUCAGAACAAAUGGAACUGUCCAUUACACCCCAUUCCUUAAACACAUUCCUCCCCUCUUAAAGCCUUUUUUUUCCUUUAAUGGUUUUUUUCCAUCGGCCGGAGCUUAUCCUGGUUUCCUUAGCAUGAAGCAUGCCUUGGUCCGCAUUGCUAUUCCCCCCUGGACAGGAUGCUUAAGUCUAUUGCAGGGUUACCCCUCAGCAGUAUGUCGCUGGUACCCAUUUAUGCACCUGGCGGGGUGUCAAGAGAGACAAAGUGGAGUAAAGCUCCUUGUCUAAGGAAACAACGCAAUGGGCGAGGCUUGAAGCACAGACACUUCCAGAUCCAGUGUUUGAGGUGUUAACUGCUCAGCCACACACACCUCCACUUUUUUUCCAUACCCCUUAGAAAUAUUCCAGUGUCAAUUGUUCCGAUGUAGUAACCCCAGCCCCUCAGAAGUAACUUUCAAAGCCUCAGUCAGAGAUUCCCAUCUGUUGGGGGAAGGGUUUUUGUAGAGGCUGGUACUAAACAUAGGGAAUUCGAUUUUUAUCAUCUGGUUAUGGCAUUAAAAAAAAAUUGAAAGGUCCUGUUUGUGGUCUUUUAAUUCCUAUUAUUACUUAACAAGCACUGACCAAGAUCUACUGAUGAAGUGUCAAUCAGACCACAAAAUUGGGAUUGUGUGCCUUUAAGAAUGAUGUAACUUGACAGUUGGCCAUCUCAAGUGCCUAUUCUUUUUUUCCCAGGGAACUGAGGAUGAUAUCAAACUGAACCUUCAUGGUGUCGCUGGUAUCAAACAUUGCAUUAAUGAACAAAGGAGAUUGAUGACUUUGAUAUUUUAUGUGUCUUUUUCUGAUGAUGAGCAACAUACAAAGAAGAAUUUGGAAUGUGAACCAUUCAGGUCAAACCACGGUACAGACAUGAUGACUGGAGACCAAGUUUUAAUUAAGUGGCUCUCAAUUUCUGAGGGUGAUGAAUCUUACAGUGAAGCUGUUAAAGAAGAUGCCUGUAACUGGAUCAAGAAAGCAACAAGUGAAAGUAAUAUCGAUAUUUACAAAUUAUUACUGUGGUACAGUAAAAUCCCAUUAAUACAGUCACUGAGAGGGCCAUAGAAGGUGUCAGGAUGAACUGGGUUUCCGUAUUAACUGGGGUUAAAUUUAGAGAAAAUUUAAGGGUUUUCUUUUUCCAGGGACAAAGAAAAAUAUCCUUAGUAAUGAGGUGUCAGUAAAGCGGGCUUUGACUCUAGUGAUAAGUAUAGGAGCACUUGUGAAAGUAAAAAUAACAAAAAGAAUGUUUGUGAGGGACUCAUGCAGGCAUAGCUCUGGCUUGUUUACCAGCUGCUGUUCAGAAAAGAUGUCCCCAAUCAUCCCCCUGAAAGAGCUCUCUCAGGGAGGAACAAAGGCUGUUGGAAAUUGGGUUCUCUCCUACCCAAGUCCCUGUGAGGCGAGAUAGCAUCUCUCUCUUGCUCUCCAGGAACAGGUAGUCGAGAACCGUGGGAAUGAGGUUGGCACAAGAGUAUUGAGGUGACUCGAUAGGGUUUUUCAGGGUCAGUUUAAGCAUAAACUAUGUCGCCAUUAACAAAGAUUUGGAAAAAUUACCACCACAACUCUAUUAGAUAAAGAUGAAAAUUUGUUAUGAUCAGGGUUACAAUGACAUUGGAGUUGUCAUAGCAAUGAAAUGAUGCCAUUACCUAUUUUACUUGCAGCUGUAUUUUUUGGUACUGGGAACAGUCUGCCCUUCCAAAAUAGUUCACAGGAACUUUUUCCUCCAAUUGCCACCUCAAUGUUCUGAUAUCAUUGUAAGCCUGAUUAUAAGAAAUUGUCAUCUUUAUCUAAUACAGCGGUGGUGGUAAUUUUUCCAAAUCUUUGUUAAUGGGAACGUAUAGUUUAUGCUCAAACUUAGGAGAUAUUGACAGUGAAAACUCUAUCGAGCCACCUUAAAUUUGGUGCCAAAGAUUAAAUCCAACAUUGGUGGAUAGCAUGGAAUAUAGCUGACGGUCCUGAUCAUCCUGAGAAGUAGGGGUAGCUCAACAUUUCUCACAUAUGGGAGGUGUGGAUAUACUUUUGGAGUAAGACAAUUUCACUUUUGUUGUAACUUGUUUUCAGGACUGGUAACCGUAGACGUUUUUGAGGAAUUUGUCAACUGUCCAGAUGUACAAGAGGAAGCACCAGCAAAAAGGUCCUCAGAAAGAAUUACUGCAGUGACUGAGAGUGCAUCAUCAAAUAGCACAUGUACAAUUGACUCUGCUGGUGUAAAUAAUCAUGCACAUCAACACCGCAAACUGUGCAAAGUUUCUAAAUGUGUAGAUGACACUCUAAUCAUAAAUGGACACAACUCUGGGACAAGUACUUUAACAUGGAAAGGUGGGGCAAAGUCUCAGAAAUUCGAGAAAGAUGUAUGUGCACUUACAUCUGCCAUGGAAAAACUCGUGGAGUCAGCCAAUUUUAGAAAGCUAGGUAUGCAUUUUUUGUGAACUACAGUGGCAAGUAUAUAAUAGCUGAAAAUAUGUAUUUUCUCUGAGACAGGUGAUUUUUAUCCCUGAGUAUUUGGGGUUGGAAAUAAUUUGCCAUAAAUUUGAUGAUAAUAGUGUUUAGAACUACAGUGGAACCUCUUGUUUGGGACACCUCCAUUCAAGGGGCACAAAAUUUGAUCCUGGAAAAUGUUUUCAUAAUCUUUGUACCUGUGGCAUGUAUUUAAGGGACACCCAUUUUCAGUGGAAAAGGACACUUUUUUUAGGUCCGGAAACCUGGGUUUAACCUUCAUUGAUGGGACACCUUAGCCCUCAAAAAGCGUCUGACCAUGAAAAGUGUUGAGAAGUUUUUGUGUAUACUAAUUACAAUGGUGACAGCUUUCACAACAUGAACCAUCUCACUUAAAUCAUUGUAUAGCACACUUUAAAGAAUACAACACAAAAUAUCCCAUUGAUUAGUUAAUCGUGAUUUUUAGGCAUUAUCUAGUUGCUUGAAAUAAUGACUGCAGCAGAUUCGACUUGACAGAAUAAAAGAGAAAUUCUUCAUUUGUUGGUUAAUUAUUAAAAAUCCCCAGCACAACCUCCGUUCAAGGGACACUUGCCUUGGUCCCGAGGGUGUCCCCUGAAUAGAGGUUCCACUGUACUGCUACAUCUUUUUUUGCUGUACACAUAGUUCAUGAGUUAAAUUAUCAUGUUCACAGAAAGAGAUUUUAUUAAGAGGAGAUUUGAAAAGUGCAGUGGUGGAGCUCAAAUGAUUGGAAUUGCAGAGUUCACGCUUUUUAUGGAGGAACUUGGCGUAAGAACAGACAAAAUCAAAGACCUGUUCAGGUAAAAUCCCAUCUGAUUUGCUGUUAGUAGUUUCCUCAGUUUCCUCAGGCAUAGAUCUAGGAUAAAUGCUGACCGAUUUCCUAAACGAGUACCAAAGGCGCAAGCUUCUAGGGGGAGUCCAGGGGCAUGCUCCUCCGGGAAAUUUUGUGGAUUUUAACUCCCGAAGGUCCCCUUUCUUGGAUUCAUGAGUCAUUCAGACAGGAUAAUAUUGGCAGGAUUUGAACUUGGAAAUUUUUUUUUAUUAAAAAUAUAUUUAUUUAUGAUGUUUAAUUAACAUUGAGAUGGUAGAACUUUGCUCUCACUUUGGUUUAUCCAUCCUUUACGAAAGUGGGCCAAAGGUCCUUCGAAUUUUCGUUUAUUAAUCUAGUAUAUAACUAUUAAUUUUCUGCAGGAACAUUUGGUUCAUCCUGACAUAAUAAUGAAUUGAAUAGGUUACAGGGAAUCAUAAAAAAAGAGCACAUAAGAAGCAAAAUAGCAAAUAGAAACAGCUAUCGUUAUAGGAUGUAUCUGCGAUGCAUCGGUUGCCACAGUGCGAUAGAAAUGGUGAUGAUGAUGAUGAUGAUGUACAUAACGCUAGAAUGGCAAAUGGUGCUCUGCCACGGAUUAGAAAAACCAAGAAUCAUGCUGUUUGUCUGGUUCUGUUUUCGCCUAGAAAAAUGAUAUUGGUCAGUGACAAUGAGCAGUUGACCUUAUUUCCCACAUGUUCAUUUUUUUUGUCAGGUCAUUCGACUUUAACGAUCGCAAUCACUUGACAUAUGAAGAUGUUCUCUUUGGAGUGGCAGCUAUGGAUUUGUCUACACCUCAUGGCGGGCCAUCAGGAGAGUUACGCUGUCGAUACAUUUUUAAGUUCUACUCCACUGAAGAGGAAGCUUCUCUUUCCUUUGAGGAAUUUAAGUAAGUUAGAAGGUGCACGUAGGAUGGCAAAUGGUUCUGUGCCACGGAUUAGAAAAAACACGGAUCAUGCUGGUUUUCUGGUUCUGUUUUCGCCUAAAAAAUGAUGUUUAAUUUUUUUUUUUGUCAGGUCAGGUGAGACUUGAUGAAAAAAAAGGGAUGCAAUUAUUGUACCUUAGCUGUAAGCCUAUGUUCACGCUAUACCGCGGAUAGCUUUUGCGCCGGCGCGAAAACCAUACCAAAUAGGGUUAAAUAGGGCUUGUGUUCACACAUCAGAACGGUGAUUUCGGCGCAAUUUCUGUAAAGGAGCGAAGCUGCGCCACGCCCAACCUCGUUCCCAGGUUCUCUCUCGGUCCGUAGGGACGGGUAGGAGAGAACCUUGAAAACGAGGUUGCGCCGCGCCAAUCUCGAAGUCGGAAAGACACAUAUUGGAUCGGUGUUCAUACUAUAGCGGACAGUUUUUCUGUCGGCACGAAAAGCUUUCCUCAAUAGUGUUAACGUAGCCUAUGAAAUCGGAUCCGUGAUUAGCGACCAAAAGAGAAUCCUCGGAUAUUUGUGUCUGGAACGUAAUAUCCGUAUCGCAUGUACAUCGAUCUGUCUGUUUCUCACUGUGCAAGAAAACAAAGAGAAUGCACUGAUUAUUUUUACUUCUCGGAACUGUUAAACAGGGGAGGGAUCUUUUUUCAGAAGUGUCUAUACUGCGUGCGAUCGGGGGUACUUAACAUUUACACCUACCACUCGGGUGGAUUUCUUGUGCAUAAACAUAAAACAAGAAAAUUUGAUGUGCUGGGAGAACGACCCGAUAUACAGAGUAUAUCCAGAUCAGCUCAACAGACUAAAAAGAGUAGAAGAAUUUCAUGGUCUCAAGAGACAGCUAUUAUUUUCUGAAGCUUCCCAAACCGGAAAUGGCGCGAACCAUAUGAUUUUCCAAUUGGAAUUGAAGUUUUUUUCAUGCAAAUAGUAAGAACCCCAGGUGAUCUUAAAUGGAGCUGGGGGAGCGCGAAAAUCGGUUAAAUAAAGACAGGAGAAAAACUCUGGAUCACAGGUAACAAAAUCUGUUCCUCCUAUCUCGUAGUUCCGCCCUUAGUUUCGAGCGAAAUGUUAUAACUUUUGUUAGAAGUUCGCGAUUUGACUGGUUAGUUAGCAACGCAUUAGCGUGGUUAAGUAAAGUGAAAUCGUUUCUCGCUAACAGUACUCAUGAUGGUGUUGUUUAAUUUGCACAAACUAUUAACACAUCACAGGUCGAUGGUUAGGGAUAUUCGAAAGAUUAAAGGAGAAAGCAUAAAGGAAACUGAUGUCUUAGAGGAUGCAAAGAGUAAAGCCAAGUAUGUGAUACCCUUACCGGCGUAACAGAUAAUUAUAGGAAAAAACAAAUUUAAUUUAUGAGGGCACUUGGAAAUGAGCUUAUAGAAAGUUAACCUGAGGGGGUACAUGCAUGUUACAUUAUUUUCCAUCUUUGUAAACAGCUACAACGUGGCUUGGCAUCAUUUAAAUUCCAAAAACGAUGGUCCAGUUUUGUUAUUUAAAACUAUAUUUAGGCAUUGAAACUGUUUCCUGUCGUCUGUUGCUAUGGAUAGCAAGAAUGAACAUGGAUUGAAACUUCACACAUUUCCAAUGGUCACCACUGACUUGUUCAUGUCGUAAAAUCUAAGACUCAAGUGGUACGAGACGUCAAGCUGUGCGAGUGGUUCAAGUGGUGAAUGUGAUACGUUUGAGUGAAAUAAAGUGAAGUACAUUAUGAGGCUGCAUCUCAUUAGAUUCUUUAUACUGACUCUACAGGAGCUUUAGAUGAAUGAGUAAAGGCAGUAAGUAAUGACUUUAGCACAGAAUUGACCUAAAACAGCGUUAUCCUCAUCGACAUUGUCCCUUCAAGGGUUACUAGUAUCCACCAUUGCAGAAAGUCUCUCAUAUGUGUUAUGUUUUGACUUUUUCAUGCAGACUCUUUGGGACCGGACACACUGAAAAGCUUUACUUGGUGGACUUUUUAGAAGCUGUAGGCAGCCUUCGAUUCCGUGGGACAUCUGUGUUGCUUCGUCUACCUGUGUCAGUUGUUGCACUCGCUCAAGAUGAGCUCAACGAAAGCCUCAGUGAUGGUCAAAAAACACGGUAGUGUGCAUAGGCUAUUGUAUUAACCUUUUCAUCUUUGAUGUUUUGAUUGUUUUUUUUUUGUCCUACUUAAUAAAGAUCAUUAAGGUACGUGCUCAAGACUUAGCAUGAGUACGUCUUCCGAAUUUCAAAACCCGUCGUUAUUAGUCUAGCUUGAGUGUCAGGCGUUUUGUGGGGAAAUGGAAAAGAGAGAAGCGAAAAUGGGAGGCAGAGAAGGGAGAGAAACCUUCCCCUUUCUCUUUCACCACCCCCACCCCCACCGCCGCCUCUAAAAUCUCCAUUCUUCUAACAUCCAAGGAAGACCUGAUACUCAGGAUAUUGUCACUUUAUCUUCAGGUUUGGGUGUCAAGACUGGUCUGACGAGUGGUUACGGUUUUUUAAUGUUUAAAGUGCGAAAAAGAUUGGAGAAGUCAAGCUCGUUCGAAUUCCAGUCUUAAACCGUUCCCUAUUCUGAGAAGAAGUUAGAGGCUGCAUGAUUUACACGUUCGAUUAUAUUGCGCGAUUUAUCGCGCAACAACAGCUGCGAUCUAGAUGUAACCCCAAGUGUCGUGUAUAAACAUGUACUCGGCGGAGUCAGCCCAAUUUGUCGCAGCCAGCCCGCCUCAAUUUCGCAGAGACUUUUUCAUACCAGGAGCCGAUAUCUUCUGUCUGUGCAUACCAAUUUCUCUUCCCAUAGUUUUUACAAGCAACUGUAUAUGCUUAUUGUUCGAAAUGCCUGUCAAAAAUACCACUUUCGUAAAAUCAGAAUCAGAUCCCGCUUUUGUCGCAAGGUAAAUCACCUUUAUGAAGGACCCUUAACGUGUGGUUAAAAAAAACGUGUAUUUAAGGGAUGUUCCACUGAAUUGUCUUUAUCUCAUACGACUGGCUUUUAAAGGUUAAAAAGUUAUAAGUUUGGGGUGCUUCCUAUGGCAAUUAAGAGCCACUUCAUUUCAUUGAUACUGAACUCAUGUGCUAUUCACAACAGCUCUGAUUCCCCAGUUAAGAAACGAAGAGGUGAUGACAAAGAAGACGCCAUGGACUUUCAAGGCUCAGACGGCUUUUCAAUUGAGUAAGAUGAAAUUUCUCUUUUGCCCCUUUUUAAAUACACACGUAGAUCAUCGUUGAAGUGAUUUUCCCCUUUGACCGCGAGUGAUCGUCCCUCUUUCGUCAGAAUAGGGAGUUUCAGCAAAGAUGACGGCGACGUCAGGAGCGAGAACGGCAAAAAAGCGAUAGGUUUAAAUUAGCAAAACAACAACUCUGCACGUGCAUCACACUUUUUUGUACAUUUCUUUGAUGUCACUGCACGUCUACAACGUGAAAAUAGGCUUUAUGGAGGACGUGAACAAAAGACCAGGACUUUCUUUUUUCUUUCCCUGAACUUCGAUACAGUCUUUUAGAAUUCAACUCCAGAAAAAGUUGCCAACAUUUGACAAAAUGAACGAGGUGGAAUAAGCGCGAUAAAGUUUGAAGCAGCGCGACUUCACUUUUUAAGUGACGUUUUCAUAGCCGUCGCCGUCGUUGUUGCCAUAGCUCCCUAACUACGUUCGGCGGGCGAUACGCGCUUGCUCGUAAUUUACCGUGACUCAAUGCAAGUGAAAGAUAAGAGACUGCGCUGCUCGCAUUUUUUUUUUAUUCUGCCCAAUUAGCGUUCGCUGGCCGGCCUUUUUAUCGUCAUUUUGAAACAGGUGUGCCGAUCAUACUAGCCGGUUUUACAGUAAUAAGGUUAUCAUUCUGAAAAGAAUUGCGGUUAAAAAGUUUUUUGUGCGUUUGUUUGUUCGGGUUUCCAAUAUAUCCGGAGAAACGACGAAGUCUUUAAAUAACAGGCAAACACAGAGGGACGGUUGUUUAAACGAAGUCUAACUUAGUCCGCGGUUUAAGAAAUCAUUUGACUCCCAGAUCUCUUUCUUGGUAGGCUAAUUUAAGAAAAUAAGUCCUUUUCCAGUCUACGCCAUAUGCUUUACUGAAAUUGAACACCAUAGGUGGUGUUUGGGUAAAAGCUUUGGGCGAACUGAAAAUGGCUUAGAAUGCGGUUUUGUUAAACACGUGCUUUGCUCCGUUUAAAUAACAGGCCCACAGUCUUUUGUACUAUAUUCAGCCUUAGUGCUUUGUUCCUCUCUUCAAAAACUUAACUGCAGUUUUAAUUUUUGCAACGUCUCAACGUGACUAACUCCGUCGUGUAUGCUAAUUUUUCAGGUCUCUCACAAAUCAGUACGAACUGGCUACUCACACGGUGAAAGUCCGACGCAGUGGAAUGUUAAGUGACGUCAGUGUAUUAUGGGAUACCAGUAAAGGUAUCAUGGUAACAGGGAGUGCUCACAGAGAAGUGACAGCCGCUAAAUUGAAGAUAGAACGGCUACCGUCCAUCAACUGCUUUAACCAGGCAUGUAAUUGAGCUCACUUUGGCUUUCACUUACGCCAUCUUGGGGAGCAUAAGCAGAAUAAACUGACAAAUUAAUUCUCCAUUUCAAAAAUAAAACGAAAUCAUGAAAUUGUUGCCAUGUGGAUUAAUGAAAAGUCGGUGGAAAGCUAUACCAUAAAUAUGUCUCUUUCUUUUAAGUUAUAUACCCAACAUGAGAAGGGGUUUUUCAUCUAAUGUCCAGACAUCGAUGGGCAGUCAGAGUUUUUUUUGAAAGCCAUUAUUUCGUCGUAACUGUUUAUGAGAUGGAACACUCUUGAGUGUUCGGUAUAGCUUAUCAAAUUAACAAUGGUUCUUGAAGAUAUUCAAAGCUUUGCUCCUCUGGGAACUAAACUCUUUUUUCAUGAAAAUUCUUCGAGAAAAAAUUCUAUUGUUCUGACGCCCAACAUGGCCACCUUGUCGCGUGGUUGCAAACCAAGAAUUGGGGUGUUGCGGAAACCAUUGUUGAUGGGCUAUUGUUUUGUGGUGUGCGUAUUGUUCACUGUCUUCCCAAUUUUUUGUAGUACGUCAUUUAACUUUUUCCUCGCGUUCAGAUCACGUGGGGACAGCGUAAAGAGAUGUGACAAGGGAAAACAGCGAGGGGGUGGGUAGCGGGUGAGAGCACAGCCUCCCUAAGCCUUUCUCAAAGCCCUUCGCUUCUCAUUUUCGGUUCCGGUAGUUGGCCCCAGCGCGUCUCUCGCUCGCUUUUGCCGCAGAAAACAUAGAAAGUCUACCACGCGCGCUUCGCGCUCGUGAGAAAAUUUGAGCUCGACUUGUGAGCAAGUCUAAGCCUCCCUCUCCCUCUCUUCCUCCUCGUUUUUUUUUUCUCGCUCUCUGACUUCGCGCCGCAUUCCACUAUUUGAACGCCUGGAACUGGCUAUACGUCAGUUUUUGAUAGGACACGUCCGGUCCACAUCCGCUGCUAAUCUCGUACCCAGAUCUCUUGUCGACAAGAGAUCUGGGUACGAGUUGAAUCCUCAGCAUCAAGAAACAACGAAAUUUCAUGCUCCGAUUAAGUUCCAACCCCCUCCCACCCCUUACUGCAGUGAUACUCUUCGUGUUUCGAAGUAUGAUUAAACUGAGAACGUUAUAUUCUUUUACUCUAGCAAUCAGACGCCAAUCAAAUGCUGUCCGCUCUGAGGUACUUUGAACGAGCUGUCAAACCAAACUCUGCUGCUAGCAAAGCCGGGGGACCAAAAGACAGCUUCAACUGGGGAUGUGUGGAGAUGUCUUCACUAGGCAACUGUUUAGUCUGCAUCUGCCGAACACUUCUCGAUAUCGUUAAAAAAGAGCCUCGGCUUAUCAGAGUCAAGUCACCCACCUAUGUUGUUGGUAAGUGGUCAUGAAGCUUGAUAUAGUACUAAUAUUGUGUCUUUAAAAAGCAGUUUUGAUUAUAGUAAAAAAUAAUUACGACAGCGCGGUUUUCCGGGAGCUCCUCACUGACUCAUAUCUCCGGUAAUCUUAAUCUUUGUGAAACGCCCCUCUAGUUCACUUUUUAAUCUUUCCCUGAAUUUAAGCAUAAACAGAACAAGGUCGUUCUUUUGUUCAGCUUGGUUUGUCACGGUUCUAGUUGCCCAAGCCUCUGUUUAAAGCGAGGCUCAGUGCGAAGCUUUAAAGACUCGUUUUCACCAAAGAGGAUUUGCACCUCGCAACUCGGAAAUGCUAUUCAAGGAAAAAAAAUGAAAUUGUCCUGUUUGUUUGUCUCUUUGGGGAAGAUAUGUAGGUUAUAGGAUGAGAUAUCUAAUUAUAAAACAAACAAACUAGUAAACGGUAAAAAAACAAAAACAACAACAUCAACCAUUCAAGCAUAUUAAAGUAAUCGUCUUCAGUGAUGUUUGUCUUGCCAUCGGCUACUUUCUGCAAUAUUUUUAAAUUGUGAUAACUUUUAUUUUUAUGUGAAAUGUAGAUCAGCGAUAACCGAAGUAGAUGAAUUAGCUACAAAAAUAUAUCUUUAACUUUUACCAGGUGACCUUCAUGGUAAUUUCCGUGACUUGGUGUGUUUUGAGAAAGUUCUUUGGAGACUGGGACCUGUCCUUACACCCGCUAGUUUCUUGUUCCUUGGGGACUAUGUCGACCGAGGAGAGAAUGGAGUGGAGGUAUGUUUUUAAGUCGAGGUUUGCCUAGUAAAAACAGUGUUGGAAGUCGAUGAGACUGUCAUACUUCUGGCCUUAGCUUGGCGUAUCAGAUCAGCGUCCACCCUCUUCCUGACUCCUCAAAUCCAACUGUUUUUCCGGACCCAAGUUCACGCCCAGACAAGAUCAGGAGAUCCUGACUUGAUUAUGUUUUUCAUUUUACUUUUAUUUUAUGACUUUGUGUCCUUUUUUGUUAUUUUAAUUUUUUUGUUCAGGUUGUCGCGUACUUGUUCGCGCAGAAAUUGCUAGCCCCAUCCAAGUUUUUGCUGAUUCGUGGUAACCACGAGAUCAGACGUAUUCAGAAAAUGUUCACUUUUUAUGGGUAAGUUUUAUGAAUGCAGCGUAGAGAACAAAGAUAUCACUCCCCCAAUCAAAAGUCUCAGUUGCUGUUUUCCUUUUAGUUUUGAACCAACAGCAAAGUAAGCGAAGUUCAAAACAAGUCAAGAUUAAGAUUGUCUUUCGUCCUUACCAGUAAAUAGCUCAGGAAAAUACCUUAGUAAUCCUUUAAACAUAUUGAAUUGGUAACGCUUGUAAAGAUGUUCUUUUCCUAUCUGAAAUUCAAAUAUCAUGAAUUUGCAACUGUAACUAUGGACUGAGCUCUUCCUUUUUUCCUCUCUCACGGCAGUGAAUGCAUACAAAAGUUUGGCCCUGAUUUAGGCGAGGAGGUCUGGGCAGCAGUCAACUCGGUAUUCGAUGUUCUUCCAAUAGCUGCUAUUGUGGACGAUAAGGUAACAGUAACAGUUAACUUUAGGUAAACUAAAACCUGCCCACAUGUAGCAGGCGCAUGAAAAUAACGUGGGUACAAGAAAGAACGGGGCGCGCGAGCUCGCGUGUCUUUGUCGCACGUCUCGUUUUCUUUGGCCCCCAUAUUACUUUCAUACGCCUACUACACAGGCGUAGCUAAACUGCUGACAGACACCCCUACAUAUGGUCAUCACACGAUGAACAUACCGCCGGUUAGACGGAUUAACAUUGUCUCAAGAUAAUUGACAGCUGUAGCCUGUGCCAGACUCUCAGGUAGUAGGGACGUCGCGAAAAUAAGACAAGCCAAGCAAAAAUAGACGGCGCGCGAUCUGGGGAAGGAGGCGGUGGUGGGAACCGCCCUCUCUUUCCAAGCCCCGCGCGUUUUUCACAUCGCUGUUUACUACACAUCUUGGAGCCUGGAAAAGGCUAUGACUUAUGAUGAGCCCAUGCUCUAUCAAAAGGUUAUAAGAAACUGAGACGUAUGUUAGUCUUGUAGAUGCGUUGUACUUACGGGUAUUUUACAAAUAUGAGUAAAAAGACUUGAUGUUAGCUGAGAUAAUGUUUAAGCGAGUUGUAACUCUCGUUAACAUGUCACAACAAUACUUAGAAAAGUAAUAGCAAAAUAAACCCGAAAAAAAUUUCGGGACUUCAACGGGAUUCAAACCCGUGGCCUCUGCAUUAACGCUGCAGUGCUAUGAAGACCAGUACAAUGGGAGCAGGCCAAUUUGUUGAGUUCAUCUUAACCCGUGAAAGGAAAAAACAUCAAGAUGAUGUGAACUGCGGAAAUAGAAUUUUUUUUGAAGUCCCGAAAAUUUUUUUCGAGUUUAUUUUUUACUAGUUACUUAAAUUGCACUUCCCACUGCGACGAUCAUAUCUUCAUUUUAAAAUUUGUAUUUCCGCAGUUCACAUCGUGUUCAAUACUCAGAAAGGAGUGAAAUGGUCCUAACGACUGCUAUAAAGACAUGUUACAAUAAUUUUCCCCUUUUCAAAUGAUGUUGCAGUCGGGCGAUGUUACAUUCUUGAGAAAAUGUUAGAUUUUGUAGAUAUUCGUACCUAUGUGUCUACUGAGUGUUUUUAGGUGAUACACUGUAACCUGGUGUUUGGGUUUACGGGGCGUGGUAAUCCCGCAUCAUAGGCAGACGGUGCCCCCUCCCCCCUCCUCCUCCCCCUUCUUCUCGAGGCUGUUGACAAAUUUGAAAAUUUUCGGGCAAAACGUUCAUGAUCCGGCUAACAGCACUUGGGAUAAAGCUAAAAAAAACUACAACAACAACAAACAAAUAGAGAGAAAAAACGAACCAACGACUGUCGUACCCGAACGUCAGGCUAAAUGUGCACUUGCCAAAUCAAGGGUUGUUUGGUUAUCAACUCUUGGUCCCAUUGAUUAGUGAAAGAUGUUGAUUACAUUUUGUCAUUCUUUCCCGCGGCGUCCAUCUUGAGUUUAGCCUGCGUCGCUGAUGUAACUUACCCCCGGUUAGUAACGUCUGCGAAACAGCGCCGAGAUCCUUGUUCCGGAUCCCCCAAGGGACUCAAGGCUAAAGUGCGUUUCAAAUUUCCUAUCAGACUGAUUGGCAAAUUGACAAUGGCUUUUUUACAGCCUAGUCAUGGCACCUACUCAAAUCCCGGUACACAGGUGGGGACUCAGAACAAGAAUUUCAGCGCUGUUUCGCAGAUGGACUUUAUCAGAGUUUAGUUUCCUCUGUGGCGCAGGUUAUGUUGGAGUCUCUAGCUGGGUUAGUCUGCAGACAGGCUCUCUGGCUGGUUUUGGGGGGGACAGAAUACAGCUUGUUCUCAGGCUAACCAGGGGUCAGUACAGUCAACUCCCUUUAUAGCGGACACUCUAGGGACCUCGAGUUAGUGUCCUCAUUAGCGAGAGCCCGUAAUAGCGGAAGUUUAUUUCAGUCAAACGUCUGUAAUUUGUUUUCGCCGGGGAAUUAGCUGCUGUCCAUUUUAUCGAGGUGUCCGCAAGGCGAGAGUUGACUGUAAAUUGUGUUUGUUCUGUAACAAAAAGGCAAAUUAACAAUCACAAUAAAUAUUGUACCAUGUCUUUUCAGAUUUUCUGCGUUCAUGGGGGUAUUCCGCUACCCAGUCAAGACGGCGGGCUCGUCUCCUCGAUCGACAGUAUUCCUAGUGUCCUGUUCGAACCAGAAGAACAAAGCGAGUUAGCCUGGGAACUAAUGUGGGGAGAUCCUUUGAGGUACAUACUUCUUUUAGUGUUUUCCUUCUAACUAAGAACAAUACCAAGAUCUUUUAUAGAGAAAUACUUUAUUCUCUCAAUUCCAACGUACAAAUAUAUACUUUGUGUCACAGUUGCAUAGUUGGUUAGCCCCUUGGGUUUUAAAUAAUUCUACUGCACUCUUAUCGAAAUAAUUUAGUUUCUAAGUUAUCUCACAUUAAGAUAUAAAUUCAGGCGUACUUUUGAUACAAGACUUAGAUAAUACGGAGUAUCAUUCAAUUUCGACGAAGCAUGAUCUAUUUUUUUUUUUUUCGUAUUUUCAUUGCGUUUGUAAUUCGCGAUAAAUGAAAUUUGACCACACACUGUCACCUCUUCAAAUGUGCUUGAAAUAAAAUAAGUCUUCUUGAGGUGGCUUAAUAGAUUAGCGACAGAAUGAGAGAUAAAUCGCGCGCUUUGUUUUUCUAGUAAUAUAAUUUAAAAACACGGUGUUCGAUAUUUAGAAUCCGUUCGUGAUUGGAUUUUGGACGAAACUCUCUUUGGGUGUUUGGUAAACUGCAUUCUCGAUAGAAAAUUCCGAGCAAAGGUUUGCAAAAUGUUGUGGUUGGUUUUAUCCGGUAUCCAAACCAUAUCGACGGUAUAGUUUUUUGUUUGUUUCAUUGUUUGUUUUUUAAUUCAUUAUGAUUGACCUAGAGAAAUAAAUAGGGACUAUUUCUAGAAAAUGGAAUACCCGCAACGAAAUGAAACUGUUCAGAAACCAACAGAUGCUCAUUUUUGUUCCUGUCACGUGUCCUCUUCUUUUUUGCUCUCCUUGUUAAUGAGCGUUUGUUUAGGGGACUCGUCGUCGCUGGUCAUAAGGUUAGAAAGAAAUCCUUCAUCAUUCUCGCUGUCGCUACUAGGAGACAGCGGUCCAUCCUCACUGCUUAGUGACCUGGCACGCUUACGGACAUAACGUGAUGGCGCCGUUAGUCGAUAGAGGAAGUCACGUGAUAGGCUAUCUUCGCUCAGUCGUUCUUUGCUGUUGUGAAAGCCAUACAUGAAGUAGAUUACCAUACCUGUUUUAAGAAAGGAAGAACUAGAAAUUUUAGUCGAUAGUUGAUUGUUUGAAGAAUCUUGUGGGUUGUAGCUUUUGAGUAUAUUCACGUACAGUUAAUUACAGUUAGUAAAAUCUUAAUGAAAGCCGACAUUUAAUGUUGAAAAUUGAAAGAAAAAUCAUCAUCAGACUCUUUAAAUGUACAGUCCUUAAAGGACACCACAAAAUUCGCCAAAACAUGAUCUAAUUUUUUUAAAAUUUUCAUUGCGUUUAUAAUUCGCGAUAAAUGAAAUUUUGCCCCACACUGUCUCUCUCCUCUAAAAUAAGCCUUCUCUAGGUGGCUUAUCAGAUUAGCUACGAUAUUUGAAAUUAAUCGCUGUGUUGUUUAGAAUCUGUUUGUGUCUGGAUUUUGGACCGAACACUCCUUGGCUGUGAGGUACAAGUUCUUAAUGAAGGGGGAACCGCAAUGAACUCGCGCUGGUGCGAAAGUCGCCCCAGUAUCAUAUAGACACCCCCUAAAUAACGGAGUUUCUUUCUUUGUCUAUGAAAACCGCUAGUCAACCAUCAGUCAGUGAGAUAGGUGGUCCCACAGUCAGCAAGUUAGUAACUUAGUUAGUUUUCUUGUAGUUUGUUAGAAGGUCACCUGUAAACUCGGAAUCUAUUAGAGGAGAACGAUAAUAGAAAGUUAAGAAACGGAGGAGGAGUACCGGGUGGGGGAAACUUACCGAAAAACAUCCAGGCCGCAAAUCGAGCCCACGUCCAGCCAUUCAAGUUUGUCAGCAAGUAAAUAUUAAGCAGGAUACUGGCAAGAGGAACAAACGGAAUACAAGGUACUGCAUGGUCAAUCUUGAGUUUUUUAGUGGGCAGAAGAAGCAGCAACACUAAUGCCAGAAUAAAGAUCAGCGCCAUAAGACAGGACACAAACAAUACCACGGGGUUUUGGUGUAAAAUGUAGUGUAGGCCACUUCCUGCUGACACUGUUAAAGAAAAACCGAAAAAGGCAAACACUAAGCACGCUGAAGCCACCCCUGCCAUACGGUGGGUAUCUUCGCUAGGUGUCUCGCCCAGUAUGUGACAGAAGUCGUAUUUACUGCGGUAUUCUAUGUACGGCGAAGAGAAUGUGUUCUGUAUUUUUUCGUGCAGCUUUCCAUAACAAGAGACAGCGCUUUCGUCUUCAGACAUUUCUUCAUGUUCUACGUUGGUUUGAAACUCCAUGUCCAAAGGCUUGUGACGCUCAAGUAUAACCGCCAAGGAUACAGCUGUGUAGGCUAAAAGUGUGCCGAUUGACAGCAUCUCCACUAGGUCUCUCAAGUCCACGAAUAGUGCAAUUGCUGCCGCGAUCAUGCCACAUAGAAGCGUCGCUCUUACAGGAACAUGAGUUCUAGUGUUGAUUCUUGCCAGACUUUGAAAUAACAGUCCAUCGUUGGCCAUGGCAUAAAUCAAGCGUGCACCUGCAUAAUUAAAGGUUAGCAAGGCGGCAGACAUUCCAAAGAACCCUCCGAUGGCAACGAAAUAUCUGCCAACUUCAAAUCCUUUGUAGGCAAAAGCGUCAGGCAACGGGCUGAAAUCACUGAGUUUUCUAUACGGAAUUAUGAGUGUUAAUAUGGCGGCAGUUAUGAGGUAUAUAAACACGCCGACAUAAGUGCUAAUGGUAUUUGCGAAUGGUACAACCCGCUUAGGGUUCAGCGUCUCUUCGCUUGACGAGUUAAUAAUAUCAAAUCCAAGAAAGGCAAAAUAACUAAAGGAGGCCCCCGCCAUGAUUCCGUCGAAACCAUACGGGGCGAAUUUUUCAAAUGUAUCCCAAUUAUGCGUGUCCAUGAAAUAAAACCCAGAGAGUAUAACAAACACUAUCACAAGAAGGUUGAUUAGGGUGGCAAGGCGCAUAAAUAUGGCUGGCUUCCGCGGCCCUGUGGCAGUUAAAAUGGUGAAAAUAAUAACAAUAACACAAGCUAUUAAAUCUGGAAAGGAGCGAAAUCCCUCCACUUUCCACCAGGUGAAGUUUUCUUGCAUGAAACUGUAAAGUCGAGAACCGCUGAGGGAAUUUGUAAACUUGCUAAAAACGUUUCCUAGAAGUGCGAUAGCGAGGAUAUUUUCCAAAAUGAGAUUCCAACCUAUCAUAAAGGCCCAUAUCUCGCCGAGAGCGAUGUAAGUGUAAACAUACGAAGAGCCGGUCCUCGAAACCAGAGCGGAGAAUUCAGCGUAGCACAUAGAAGACAAAAUGGCCGGAAUUGCUGCUAUAGCAAGAGAGAUAACGAUAGCGGGGCCCGCCGUAUCUCGAGCGAUCUGCCCUGUAGCCACAUACAAACCGGGACCAAGCAUUGAACACAUUCCGAGUAACAUGACAUCCAGGACGGUUAGACAUCGGUCGAACAAUGUAUCUUCUCCAGCAAGAUCGUGUCUCCUUGUGCGGACUAAAAGUUUACAAAAAUUUACGCAGCUCAUGUUUGGCUGCCUGUCCUGUGAUAUGGGCCUAUAGAACUAUCCUUGAUGCCUUGGAAAAACUUGAUAUUGCUGUGUAUAAGAAGAGAACCUGACUUGCGAUCUUUGGUGCUGAGUUUUUCGCUAGGUAACUCUUCCUUCUUCGUUUUAGCUUGACAGUCAGUUAACAACAGUUUCCCGCUCGCUUUCUGUACCUUUCCAUUUUACACGUCAAUAUCGCUUAACAUUGUUCUUCAGCCUUAGAUGCCCGUCUCUUGGGCAACACAGAAAGUACUAAAACGUUGUAUAAUUUUCCAGCAACCUCUUGAAAACAGAAUGUGCUGUUGUUUUUCUUUUCUUUUUUUCAACCGGCCUAGUCAAGGCAGUAACGCGGUCCCUCUCUGCUUCACUAAACUCGUGAUUACUUUCCUAAACUAUGCAAAACAACUUUCAAAGGAGCUUUGUUACGUGUUAGCUUCCUUUUGUUGUUAAUGUCAGUUUGUUGGCACAGUUCAAAUGUUAUGUCAUCGGUGUAAAUUAUUCUUUGAAACUUUUGUUACUGCCGUAUUCCUUCCUUGUCACCCGCUUCAGCCCGAGCGUCAAAAUACUCCUACACGAAAAAAAAAAAGUUGUCAAUUGACUUUUCAAAAAUAGAUCAGACGAAAAAUUACUUAGCUUUAAAAGCAUCUUUUGUUUAAAAUUCAAAGGUGCCCACAUGGGAAUUACCAUCUCAUUAGCAAAUUUUAGACCUACGCGGAUGCAAUGUAAAAAAUAUCCCACCAAAUGCAUAAUGUAACAUACCGAGUCCACCAGUAAACUACUGAGUCCACACUGUAAACUACUGGGUCCAUCAGCAAUUGUGCGAGGCAGUGAAGUCUGUUUUUUGAUAUUUCGCCGUUUCAUUCCUAAAAUGUGAGACUAGUGCUGCCUUUGAAGACUAAUGGAAUAUAAAAACUGCGGCAUCUUGUGCUAUUUUAGACUUUUGAUAUUGUAAAUGAUGAAAAUUAAGUUAUCUGCGCUCUUCUUGUGUUAAGGGACGUGUUUGUGUUGUAAAAAAAUGCAUCUUAUAAUAUUGAUCCUUUCACCGGUUAAUGAUUGUCUGACGUUUCUCAACAGAGCGGAAUGAAUUUUACCAAUUUUUUUUUAGAUAUUUGCCGGCAGCUUGGCCUUAUCAAAAAAUCCCAAAGACAAAAAAAAGUAAAAUAUAACUUAUUUUCAAGUAUUCCCUCUCUUUAUAUUUCGAUUGUAAAGGACUGCAAGGCAAAUCUUUCCUUGAUAGCUGAAAAGAAAAACACGACAAAAAGAAAUCAGGGACAAAAAAUUAAACUCUACAUCCUCUGUAUGAACUCUUCCUUGUGAACCAAGUGGCCGGUCAAAUUUUUCAGGCGGUCGAAAAUUCGUCCGAAGCCUUUUGAACGUAGUCUUAGUGAAUAGCUGGUCUAAUCUUUUUUGUGUCGUUCUUAGUGACGUUAAGGCUACCAAUAAUAAUCUCAUAAAACAUAUUUAAGCGUAUGAGCUGAUGAGUACGGAAUCCGAUGUGUACAAUAGAGCAAAUGAUCCUCGACCGAAAGUGAUCCCAACAACAGAGCCAAAUGAUAUCCAACCGCAAAUGAUUCCGCGGAAAUAAGAAAUGGAACGCUGCUUAGAUUCGCCUUCAUAACAGCCUUAUGUAGGGCCUGUAGGUGUUGGAUCAGUUUUUUUUACUAAUGUGUAUUUAUGUCUUGCAAUUUACGACACAAAAGAAACAGAGGAGUUAUCUAUUGUCUUAUACAUUCUAACAAUUUAUGCUUUUCUUUCGGCUGACUUUAUACAUCAUCCAUGCCUGAACUCCAAUCCAUUCCUUAACUUUCCACAGGACUAUGCGGUCAUCAAAACGGAUUAUUGCGAUCUAUUUUGGGGAUCAUUUACGAUACUGCACAGAUAUUACGUUAAUUUUGUCCAAAGCUUUAAUUUCAGGCCAGUAAAAAGAAAUGACGAAAAACUUCUCAAAAACAUUUGAUGCAGAAAAAAAACACGUGUCUUCCUUUCUGAAAGAGUGAAGUUAAGAGUGCGUUUAAGUAAUCUGCGAUGUUGGCGGGUUCGUUGGAGUGUGGUGAUAGGAAUGAGUUUGCCCAGUUCACUGCGCUCUAGUAAAGCGCAAGCUACCGUCCACGUUAAUAUUGCGUGAAAUAAAUAACUUCGUGUUGUUUUUCCCAAUAGCAGUGAUGAUGCAGACAUUUCGCUGUUUUUUGACGCAAACCCCAGCUUUAGGCCAAUACAACGGAAUCACGUGAACUGUUACUAGAAAUAGCACACAGCCCCCGGUUAGAAAGAUUGGACUCAGGGAUGCGGUCACGUCAAUAUUGUACUUUAAAAUAGUUUCGUUUUGAUGCAGAAGUUCAAGUUGCUGAAUCACGUACUUGUGGUUUUUCUUGGAUCCUAAAAAUAAAGAAAAAUAACAAAGUUUUGAUACUGAUGCCAGGUUGUUUGCAUAUAUUGUGGUUCAAUUUAAUCUUUGGUGCAGAUACUAAGCUAUAAAUAUUUCUUGAAGCCCAGUUUCAGUCAAGUAUCCACAAAUGACGUAAAAUCUGUAUUAUGGUCGACGUAAAAACUCUGUAAACACAAAAAAUGACACGCGGCCCUCAACAGCGCAAGAUCUAGAUCGUUUUCACAUGGCGUCAUGGCGGCCACAUUGGUGAACCAAGUCAAUCCUGUGGGGAUGAUUUCUUUUCUCUAUUUCGCCACUUGCACAUCUCACAAAAUGCAUCUUGUUUGCCCCUCGAAAUUUUACAUUAGCAUUGUUUCCAAUUUCUCUUGGAACGGCUGUAAUACCCAGGAGAAAUAGAAAACAAAGCUUAUGCAAAAUUUGUGGGGUUGAGGGGAAGGGAAACAAGGUGUAUUAUGGGAGAUGUGCAAAUGGCGAAUUAUAAACUUCCUUUUGUUUCAAGAAAUUUUCGUAGCUGCUGGUCACGUCACUGAAACCGAUCUCUAGGGCGUUUUCACAUGACGUCGCAUUCGCCAUAUUGCUGUUCCAAACCAAUGCUGCGAGAGUUGAACCUUUUUUUGUACAAAACAUUUUCCUUUGUUCUAAUGAAUUUGCAUAGCUAUUGGCCUCCUAAGUGAAAACCCUCUAUAUAUUUUGAUUCAAUUUUUAUCUCUGGUGCAAUUUUUUUUCUAUUUGUAUUAGGGCAUGGUAAUCACAUGGUAUUAUAUGAUUAAGAGUGGAACAAAAAACAAAAAUGCUCUAAGUAUGAAAUCGAACCACAGCUUAUACACAUUAACAAACGCUAACCAACACUUUGCUUCUUAGGCCCGAUGAUAUUAACCCUAAAGUUGUGGAAGAACUUAAACAAAACCAAGGAUUUGUUCAUAACAAGAGACGAGGCACUGCUCAUCUGUUCAGGUAGGUGAGGUGUCUUAAGCGUGAAAUCGCGGGAAAAUUAUACGUUAUUUUGAGGGCGCCUUUUUCUUUUUAAUUUGUUGGAGACCUCCUUGGUUGUCAGAGACUAAAGGCUGGCUUUGUCACCCGCGUUAAUAUCCUUGAGGGAACUUGGGUGCAGUGAAAUCUGUCCUUUAGCCAUUCUCAUGGACAAGUCCAUUUUCGCAAGGAUACCUGUAUAAAACGGUAGCCGAUGAAAUGUAAGCGUCUAUCUCUAACCCAUCGGUGUCCGUAUUCAAGGAGAUUUCGCUGAACUACUAAGUUCUUACCAUGAUUUUACCCAUAAAUUUAACAGUUUUUCUAUCGCGGUUUUCCACUAAAGUAACUGAUUGGAUCUUAAAAUUUCUGCAGUGAGAAGAGAUUAAUCUUGUCUUUUCGGUGUCAAGGUUCGUAGUUCAAAGUAUCCUUAUGUGCAUUUGAUUUGGGUCUUCAUCCUUUGUAAGCUCCUGAACCGCUACAUCUUAUGCAAAGUAAAUGCGCGUGAUAUAGACAGUUUAGUUGUGCUGUUAUUUUGUCGCUGUUGGGUGGCGUAGGUGACAUUUGCUUCUACCAUCUCUCUCUGUCUUUAGCGCGGACGCCUUGGGCGCCUUUUUGAAAAGGAACAGUCUUACUCACGUGAUCAGGGCACAUGAAGUACAGGAGGCUGGCUUUCAGGUAGGUGUUCGUUACGUCACUAGAAAAAAGGAGUAAUAAGUAAAAAGAAAUAGACUAUUUUACAGUUGUGGACUUAGUACCCUAGCCUUCGGGUGAAUGUGAGGCUGACGGUGACCUUGUUUUGAUACAAGCCUCCUUUGCUUUGUUAUGGAAAUUGUCCUUAAAAAAUACUAGUUAGCAUAAGAAUAACGUGAUUGACAUAAUAAAGCAGGAAGGUUUGUAUCAAAACAACGUCACCGUUAGCCUCGCUUUCAUCCAUAACUGUAAAAUGGCCUAUUCCAUCUAGCAGCGACCAAAACUGGAACAAAUAUUUGCAGUUGAGACAACGUGUGGGUACAGUAAAAACCCAUGUGUAAGAACCUGUAGAUUAAGAACCUCCUGGCUUCAAUUUGCCACUUUAAUACCCAAAAAUACAAGAAACUGUUUAGCCAAGCAACAUCGAGCAGGUUCUUAUAUGUGGGUUACAGGUGAGUUAAAAUAUGAUAAACAAUUUAACCAAGGAGUGUGACUUUGAAAUUGUAACUUUAAGUGUAACAAAAACACACUGUACCAAACUGCAUAUAUAAUGGUAAUAGGACUGAUUGGAGUCCAAUUCUGUCUUUAAUCAAGCGAGUGAUUAACAACAUCGAACGACCGCAUACCGGGAGUUCGUUUUGUUUAAUCACGAAGUCCUGUUACCAAUUAAUCAUAACCUUUUCAAUUUCCGAGAAAACAAAGAGCUUUUCAUACCAACUAUCCAAAAUUAGGGGUAUACUGUACCAUAUUAUCGUGUGAAAAGUUCCCCAGCAUGUGUGCCGGUUGUUUAACGACUACUUUCUCUUGAUUAACGAGUUUACCAAAAUGACCUACUGUCCCGUAAAGUUUGUCAGGGUAAACUCGUCCACUACAAGGCCUAACGUAGAUUUGGGGCCAUGUGUCAAAAGGCUUUUUAAUUUGGUUCCAUAAUCUUUUUUUUAAUUUGGUUCCUUAACUGCAGGUUCAACAGAAUGGGAAACUGCUCAGCGUCUUCUCGUCGUCUCGGUAUUGUGGUGGCUCUAACGAGGCUGCGUGCAUCCUGGCGCAUCAGAACAAAUUGCGCACAAUCAGACUGGAUACCACGUGACCAAUGAGAGACAUUCAAUCACGCAUGUUCAGCGAGUUAUAAGCAGUGUAACUCAGAUUGUUGUUGUUGUUGGUUUUUGAUCGGAUAUCAAAUCAUCUAAGUUGAAAUCGUAAGUUUUGAUGGAAGAUUUUCGUUGUGGUUAGGUGAUGUUUCUUGUGACUGCGAAAGAGAAUUGGAAGAGAUCAAAUCGAAAAUGACUAAUAGCCUGAAGUAAUGAUGAUAUCAAAGGAAGACAGAUGCAAAACAUUUUGCAAACACGGUUAUCAUUGCUUGCAAACGGACAUCUCCCUCGAUAAUUUAAAUUGUCAAUUCUUCCGCGGAGCGGACAACUGCAACAGGCUUUGUGUUUGGUAAGAAGAUAUAAUUUAUAUAAUUCGAAAUGAGGUGCGUUAUUUAUUGAAAGAAGAUUAUUGUUAAAUGUUAUUACAGUUGAUUUUUCCAACCAAGUGGUCAUAUCUGACCAGUUUUUAGGCAGUUGUUGUAAUUAUUUUAGGUGGCCGUAGGUUCUAACCCAUUGUUCAUUUUUACCUUGAUCGGUGCAAGAAACUGCACUUUUCUCUCUUUUUUUAUCCACUGCGCUGUGGUUUUUCAUUGUUUCCUCCUAUCUUUUUUUAGUCGUGAGUUCAGGACCGAAUCCAGAGACUUUUUAUCGGAGAGGUUUAAACUUUUUUGUGCUCGCUGUUGGAACUGUUUCACAACCUGUCGUCUUCUUCAACGUUACAAAUUAUCGUCUAGUAAACGAAACUACGUAAAUUCUUGAAUGUGACGCUGGAGUGGUAGCGAUGUGACCUGCAAAAAAAGUCAUUCAAUAGCCAAAAAUAUCUUUGGUCUGAAGGGAGCGCAGAAAAAAAUAACAACUCGUCUCUCUGGAAAAAAGAUCCACUUAAGUGCUCGAAUAAUGCUAGCAUAAUGUACAAAACCUAAAUGUGACAUUUAGGAACUAGCUUGUAGGUUCUUGCACCGUGGACAACCUUCAUAAGUUCAGUUUACGUUUACGAAAUUCUUAAAUUUUGCAUCAUUACAUUUUAUUUCAUUGUAAGAAAUGUACAGUUUCGUUUUUGUGCUUCUUAGAGGUGAAUUUUUUUUGUAGACUUUUCUAUUGUUUUAUAAACGUAGGUAUAGCGUAUAUGUUUUGUAACUUAGGGAAAGAAUUCUGAGGAUAGUCUCGAAGAAGGGGGAAGUUUCAAGGACUGUGUUUGUGCUAUCGGCCUUGUCGUUUCUGUUUCUAUCGACUCUAAAGUAAAAAAAAAAUAAAAAAUCAUGUUG